AUGAGUAUCUUUGGUAAGAAGUCGAAAUUCCAGAUUAAGACCGAAGUACGGAUCGUCAAACAGGCUGUCGACCCAGCCGCACAAGGCAAUGCUGCCGGGGCAAGUAAGGCUGCCAGCGAGGCAGCCUCAAACGGAGGGCCGCAGGCAUCGCGCAAUGGAUCCGCCGGCCAGGUUACGCGCUUACAGGCCACCUCCACCUCCGCGACACCAGAACGCCGGCGCUUCCCCUCCUCGUCUCUGUUAGAACCCGGCCGGAAACGCCGGACCCCCGCCAGUGCCAGUAGCCGUUCCCCUGCUGCGAUUGCUAGUCCCGCGCUUAGCGACUCAGAGCCUGGGUCCGACGACGACGAUGACUGGAGGGAGCGGCUGGAUCCGACCAAGCGGCGGAAGAGGACGCACACCAGCACCGAGGUGGACCCUAACCGGCGAGUGCUGCAUCCGAAGAUAUGGAGUGGGCAAGGGCAAGGCGAGGCGGGGCACGAUGACGGGGACAGGUUAGGGAUCGUGCAUUCGGCUGAUGUCGCGUCGCUGAGGGACAAAUGUCAGCCUGUUAUGAGCUUGGCGCAGGACGACGUUGGUGUGAGCUUGCGAUAUCCUGGGGCGAAUUUCCUUGAGAGGUACGAACUCGUAUGGGGCAAGGAUAAGAUCGACGGUGCUCUCGACAUCAUGAAGGUCGUGAAGCUCGUGGCUACAAUAUACCUGACCGACGAGGAGGCGAAACCCUUCCUUGACCACGAUAGCGGCAUCUGCCGUCGGCUGGAGAAGAGCAAGAACACCAACGACGGGAAUGGCUUUAAGGCUGCUGUUCAAGACUUCAACAAUCUGCUCUUAGCCCUUCAGAAGAAGGGUGUUAUCGCUAAGCAUGUCGGCUCCCUUCGAAUUGUCCCUCAGGAACUGGUCGAUUUCAUCUUAGACCAAGUAUACGACCGCACCGUGGCGCCAAGAGUCGAACUACUUGCGAAGUAUGAAAACGGCUCGGAUAACGUAUAUGGGGAGCUCCUCCACCCCUUCAUCUCGGACAUCUUCGAACGGACCAAGCUGACCUCCGACAUGGUCUUUGUCGAUCUCGGCUCAGGCGUCGGCAACGUGGUGCUUCAAGCAGCGCUGGAAAGGGGAUGCGAGAGUUGGGGGUGCGAGAUGAUGGAGAAUGCGUGCAACCUUGCCGAGGCGCAAAAGAAGGAGUUCACGGCUCGCUGCCGACUCUGGGGCAUUGCGCCGGGCGAGGUCCAUCUCGAGCGUGGCGAUUUUCGCAGGAGCGAAAAGACGCUAGAGGCGCUCAAGAGGGCCGACGUGGUUCUGGUCAACAAUCAGGCUUUCACCUCGCAGCUCAACGACCACCUCGUCAACAUGUUCUUGGACCUCAAGAUUGGGUGCAAGAUCGUGUCGCUCAAGACGUUUGUGCAUGACAACAAGAUUGCCGAGAACGAUGUCGCGUCGUCCAUUCUAGAAGUGGAGCACUUGACAUAUCCGGAAGACUACGUCAGCUGGACCAACGCGCCUGGGACGUUCUGCAUCUCGACUAGGAAAUGA